AGCACCUCCCUUCAUGCAAGGCAAAUUGUCUGACUCCUUUAACCCGACUUUCCUCUCUUGUGCUGCCGCAGAGGAGGAAGUAACAUCGGGGGAAUCGCACAUCUCCUCUCCGCUCAACUCUGGAAAACAACCGCCAACUUCCGUAAACUUUUACCAACUUUUUUUGAGUUGCCUCCACCUCAUCAACUAUGUCGGUGCAGACGAGCCAGAAAACCACCACCACCUACCGGACCGUGAACGUGGCCUCGCCCUCGCCGGAGCCAGUGAGCGGCGGCGCGGUGUUGACGACGACGACGGCCCGCUCGGCCUCCCCGCUGCAGUACACCGCUGUCAACGGCAACUACAGCACGCUUCGCUACCUGGUUCCGGUGCAGCCGACCGUGCAGCAGCAGUCCUACGUACUUAUGCAGCAGCCCGUCAUGCAGCAGAUGGUGUCGCCUGUCUACCUGCAGGGGGUCCCCCGCUUGAGCGUCAGCAGCCUGGACUCGGACCUGGUGUUCCAGCAGCAGAGCACGAGCGUGAGCAGGAACUCGUCCUCGGGGUUCAGCCUGUCCUCCAGUCCCACCAAGAGCCCCGAGCCCAGUGUGGAGGAGGAGGAAGAGGAGGAGGAGGAAGAAGAGGAAGACGAGGCAGUGGAGGUGGAGGAGGUGGAGAUCGUCAACGUCAUACAGCAAAAGCCGCCGCCGGCCAUCGAGAAGAUCUCCAGGACGGAAGUGAGGACUGACCUGAGUGACAUCCAGGAAAACAAAUUGGACACGCGCUACUUUGCAGCGCUGCUGGCGGACGUCUACAGGAAGAACUGUGACAUCCACUCCUGCAUCUCCGAGCACGUGUCCAAGAUCAGAGGACAGAAACUGGAUCUCAGCAGUGACUGCAAGGUAGACGACGUAGAAGCUCUUCUCCCCAAAGGAGCCACUGAACUGACCAAACAGCAAAUCCGAUACCUUCUGCAGACACGCUUGACUGCUGAUAAGAGCAUGCGUCUGCUGUUGUCCACCUUCAGCAGCCUGAGAGAGGAACUCCUUCACAUGUCUGAAGACCUGCGGCGUCUGGAGAACGAGAAGGAGUCCCUGGAGAGAGACCUGGCCUUCAAAGCGGAUCAGGCUCGGCAGUACGACAGCCUCCUCGAGGAUGUCCGUGAAAACAACCGUCAGCUUCAGCUGUCCCUGAAACAAACCACUGCAACCCAGCGUUCCCUGGAGAGCCAGCUGAUGAGCGCCCGAAACACCGACUCUGGUCGCGAGUUCACAAUCAAAGAAUUGGAGGUGCGCAUCAGGGCUUUGGAGAAGGAAAACGAGAUGCUGCGACAGAAGCAGGCGGGCCAAGCCAACAGCACCAGCCUCCACAUCAGGACUGAAGAAUUGUCGCGUCAGUUUAGCGAUCAGCUCGGAACGAUGAGACAGGAAAAGGACAAAGAGAUUGAGCGGCUGCGGACUCAGAUUACAAGGCUGCAGACAGAGAUCACCACAGAGAGGUCCUCGUCGGCGUCAGAGAAGAGCCUCCAGUUGAAGAUCUCGGAGCUGCUCGCCCUGCUGGAGCAGAGACAGACCACCAUUAGCAGACAGGAGGAGGAGAUCAGGAGGCUGAUGCUGGACAGGACCGACAGCUCCAAGAACGUCACAAAGACCAUCAUCACUAAGAGGUACAGGAACCAGUACCCCAUCCUUGGCCUGCUGGGCGACGACUACCAGACUACAUCGUCUCUAAACGAAGACAAGACCAUCGUCAUCGAGAGUAGCGGAGAGGUUCUCAGACGGGAAUGAGGGAACAAAAAGAAGAACAUCGAGACACCACCCGUCCUGUCUCCCCGAUGACCCAUGCUUUCCUCUUAUCGUCCCGAGGCUGCCCUGAUGCGAUGCUCUAAACAUCUAAAAACAUGAGAUUCUCACAUUUUCAUGACUUUUACGCACAAAAUACUAAUUCCAGAAAUACCGCAUGACCCAUUAUCAGCAAAAAUGCUUUUAGAUUUUCCACAGAGCCGUCACGGGCACACGCAAGGUGGAAUCGUUGUUGUCCUGCAUGUAAAUAUUUAAAUAUAUAUUUGUGAUAUGGGCGUGCUCAGUUUAAAGUUUAGAGAAGCGUCCCGACAAAUGUCUGGGGAGUUUUGCUUCGCAAUGUAGAACAUAAUCUAUUUUGAGGACUGUAUUUUUUUAAUAGACUGUGGGGGAGAGGUGUUGUAGAUGUUAACAGAUGGACGCCAAUUGGGUGCUUGAGUCAGGUGGGGCCUGGGUUUUAUGCUUUUAAGAGCAUUUUUUUUUUAAAAGCACAGAAUGAUGUUUGAUGUUUUUAGUGUUGCAAGUUGUGUUGAAGCAUAAGCGUAAGGACUCUCACAACCAAAAUGGCCACGUAGCAUGGAAACCGCCUUACAAAAUCCUAGAAGAACAUCAUUCAACAUAAAGAUUUAGAAGAAUUGACUGCUAAAUUCAAGUUGGUAAGAGCUAGCACAUCUUUAGGCGGUACAGUUCCCCAAAUAUGGUCACCUAAUGUACGGUAAUCACUUUUCCACCAAGCCUUGCAGUUCAGUUUGCUCAGGUCAGGUUUGUCAAGAUAAACAAAGGACGUUUGGUUACAACAAGAAGACAUUUGUUGCGUAAAAUGUUAUUAACUAGCUUGCUUUCUUACCGAUAUCCGAUAAACCGAUAUUGUCAAGCACUUCAUUACCGAUAUUGGCAGCAGCUCUUCCCGCAAACGAACGUGAUGUCACAUGUCGUGUAAUGAACGAACGCAUUAUGCUUACUGUGCUGUGAUGCCACUGGAUGCAUUUCACAAAUAAACACUGUUAGUGCAAAAUAAGAUAAAUGCUACAAUAUGCAAUGUUGAAACAUUUUGUCCCAACAAAAUAGUCCUAAAAUAAAAACAUGGCCAAUAGUCAACUAUUACAACAUGUUCUCCUACUGUCAACAACCAUGCACUUUGCAAAGAUGCUUAUUUCCAUGUGGCACAAACAUCCGUAUAAGAGCAAAGUCAAGUGCAAAGUAUGAAACUCCGGGCUAACAUCCAUCCGUUUUCUAUGCCGCUUAUCCUCACUAGGGUGGCGGGUAUGCUGGAGCCUAUCCCAGCUGACUCUCUGAACUAAUACAAUCAGUGAAAUGAAUUGGUUAUAGCUGGGGGGGUUGCAGUACCGCUGGUCGCUUCUUCUUAUUUUGCUGCAGGUACGCUAGCUGUGUGACUUCUUCCUGGGGAGUGAUAUUAGAAGUAUUAUAGGUAGACGCCUUGCUCACCCCUUGCAUAGUUAGCGCUUUACAGUCACCGCAAAAUGCAUAUUUACACUCCAAAGACGAAACUUGUUUGAUGAGGUCUCACUCGCACGCUGAUAUCUAUAUGAUCUGAUAUCUCAUGUUCAUGCCAAUAUCGGCCGAUGAUAUAGGACAUCUCAAAUAUCAGACUGCAGUGUGUCGAGUUCCACUUUUUGGUACCAUGUCCUAUGAUUAGUCACCCAAUGGAAGGCCGCCAAAAGGUGUUACAGAUCAACAAAAAUGCACAAAAUUGCAUACCGUACUGUACUGUAGUGCUUGGUGGGAACAGGUGUCCAAUUAGUAGCUUGAGUCAUUGGCUUGUCCCUGGCCGCUUACUUCCCAGUAUGCUAAGCUAAUUUAACUGGUUCUAGCUAAUUUAUGAAUAGAUGCUAUACCUGUGCUUUUAUUUUCCCGUGUUUGUAAACGGUUUGGGGCAGCUUCAGCUUGGCUACUGUGUGUCCGUCUUCUGUGUUUCUGCUGUGAUAAGUUUGGGAAUAAAAUCAAUAACUUUCA